AUGCCGGCCCGAAUGAAAUUGUCCGAGUCAGGCAUUGCUGAUCCGCGUGUAGAGUGUGCCUUUACUAAGACGAAGAUGGCCUUUCGACCAGCUCAAACGACAAACACGGUCUCAAUGACGUCCACCAACAGAGAAGAUGUCUCACCCUCGCGAUCGCCUGGCUUGGCUUCCUGCUCCACGGCGACGUGCUCUCUCUCCUCGGUCCUCACCUCGGACAGCUCCGAGGAGACGGACAGCGCCUACGACGGUCCGUACGCGACCGGCUUUCGAAGCCGGUCCAUGCCCAAGGGUCGAGUUCGCCUCGAGAAACCGAGUUCGACUCAGGCUCUACACGAUCUGCUCGCAAAGCUUUUUCCCGCCCAGCCAUCUCUUCAACUUCGCCUCAACAUUGAACAGGCGUCAACUGAGCUCGGCCAGUCGGAUGCGCUGCUUGACCGGUUGCAAUUGCCCUCACUCGGUAGUCAUCAGCCAUCGUCACGUACCAGCCGACGUUGUAGCGUAUCCACCCUCGAGCAGGCCUCGGGUCUACACACUCCCAGGCCAGGCGACGAACUGGCCGAGAUGGGCGGCAAAUCGCCGAUCAACAUCGGUCGACCCGCCUUCUGCCAGGGUUCCUUUGACGUGGGGGCGGCCACCACUGCCUCGGGCUCCUGCUCCACCACGACACCGGCCAGCCUCAGCACCCUCUGUCCCGGCCACCUGUACAACUCGGGCUCUGAGCUCAGUCUGAUCGUAGUAUGUCAACUGAAGCCAAGCAAAUUGGCGGUCCAUCACUCCGGCUCACUCUUUAAUUUGUCUCUGAUGCCGACCAGUUGCCAUUCGCCAAGUGGGUCAGAGACAGAGACGAGAAAUCGUGAGGUGGCGGUACAGGUGUUGCCAAACGAGGGGUCCGAGGAGGUGGGGCAGCCAUCCGCUGCUGCCUCUGACCCUGAAUCGAGGCGGAUCGGGGAGGCGACGUGUCCAGAGGCCAGUAGUGUUGAGAAGAUGACUGCCUCCCUCCCUCCCUAA